AUGAGGAGUGUCCUGGUGUUUGUCUGCCUGGUGGGGAUGGCGUGCACCUUCUCGGUCAAGAGCUGGCUGCGGCAACCCAAGUGGGGUGACUCAGAAGAGAACGCGGUUUUCAAGAGCCGGCACCGGCAUUACCUGUACAGAUACAUCUACGUGUAUCCCCCGCAGCGACGGUACCAGGGUAGUGACUCAUCUGAGGAAGAGGGGGAUGGCUCGGAGGAGGAGGAAGAGGGGGAGCCAUUUUAUGCUGGCACCAGGGCAGCUGGACACCCUGCUGGAGCAGCCCCUGAGGACUGCCAAGGUGCACUUGGAGGAGACGUCACAUCCCCCCAUCAGGGCAAGGGCUGCCAAAGGAUCAGGCAGAGAACUGGCAGCAAGGGGGAAGAGUCUGAAAAUGAAGACAGUGAUGAGAAUGAGGAGGAAGAAGAAGUAGAUGAGAAUGAGAAUGGUGUCAAUGGCACAAGCACCAAUACCACAGAGGGUAUUGGACCUCAUGGCAAUGACACUGUGGUGGCUGAGGAAGGCACUGGUGAAGCUGAGGAAGAGGAGGAAGAGGAGGAGGAAGAAGAAGAAGAAGAGGAAGAAGAGGAGGAGGAGGAGGAAGCUGAAGCCACCACCAUUGCAAGCACCACCAACGAAGAGGGUCUGACACAGGCGACCACUAUGGAUGAUGGGGGACCCAUAGGUGUCACCACAGAUGCCACCACAGCUGAGGGGCUGUGGGAGUAUGAUGUGACAGCCAGGGACCACAGCCGGGGGGAUGAGGGCACCACUGAGGGUGGGUAUGAGGAACAGGAUGAGUAUGCACGCGGGGACAGCUACCGGGCCUACGAAGAUGAGUACAGCUACUACAAAGGGCAUGGGUACGAUGUGUAUGGCCAGGACUACUACUACAGUCAGUGA